AAGUUUUCAAGACUUGUUAAAAAUAAUCUAAAUAUGUUGAAUUUUCCCCUUGCACCGACCUUUCUCAUUUAAAUAUUUGAGUAUGUGAGGAGGACGUUUCACAGGAUGUCUGUCACAAGGGAGCUAACUAUCGUUGGAAUAGUCUUGUUUAUUGCAGCAGGACUGCUGGUUUUCAUUAUGGCAUUUAUUGUGGCUAAAAGGCAUAAAUUUAAUGUGAUAUCACUAAAAGAAUUUGAUAUCACACUUUUUUAUGAGAUGCUAAAGAAACAAAUUAUGGAGAAAUUAAACAGAGUUUCAAAGAUAAAAUAUGAACCAGCCUUAUUAAACAACAAAAUUUUAUCAUCUCCAGAUUCUAACCAUUAUUUAUAUAGAAUGAAGGCAAUGGAUGCAUUUUCAAAGUUUGAUGAAACUUUUAAGGGGGAAGAUAACACAUACAAGGGACGUCACCCAAACACUCGAGUCAGGUGGUACCUGACAGGACUCAAGAAGUCCUACCUCAGUACCUGCCCACUGGAAGUUAUUAACGAGUUCAGUGAUGCUUAUGAACACGCUCGUCACAGCCCAGAGAUAUUUGGAGAGAGUGAAUACAACCAUUACAUGAAAUUAUUGAACCAACUUAUAGAUAACCUAAAAAAGGGAUUUAAAUUGAAAUCUUUGGAAAAAACUUCAGGAGUGGCAAUGCUAGAUUCUAAAGUGUCAUUUGACCAAAGCAAGAAGAAUAAAAUAAAAACUGAAAUAAUACAAGACAGAGAGAGUUUGGGUCAAUCUGUUAUUCCUGUGGAUCUGAGAUUGAGAACUCGCAGUGGCAGUAGUGGACACUCGAGUCUACUGGACAGCGGGCGUUCUAGUCAGCCAAGCAGUGAGAGGACAGACAGAGACAGCCCUGAGAAAAUAGCCCUUGUCGAACUCAGUACAAACGACAAGGAAAAUCUUGUGUGAUAUAUCUAGUAAUUAUCAAGUGGAAUCCUGAAAUAUGUGGAAAAACUCUUUAGGGAGAUAACUUUUUUCUACAAUUUUUCUCUUGUGUGAUUUUGGAAGAUAACACAGGGUUUGUCAUGAAGAGAUUGCCUACGUACAAACGAA